AUGCAAACUGAACCUCGCAGGUUGAAACGAACGGCUAACGCGUGUGUUGCCUGUCGUCAGAGCAAGAUCAAAUGCUCCGGAAACGAGCCGUGCGUCAAUUGCCAAAGACGCACCCUGCCUUGUCGAUUUGUCGAAGAAAGCCGUAAGGUGUUGAUAUCGGAACGGUGUCUCCGCAAUCUGCAGACCCAGGCUAGAGAACAGGCCGGAGAAACAGGGAAACGAGCUCAUGAGGUUGCAUUUGGGGAAGCCGAAAAUGUUGUCAAUAGGCCGCGGUCACCGGGUGCCAAUUGGCCGAGUCCGUUUACCCUACCCUCCAUGACGAUGAGAAACACUCACGACAACCGAUCCCAAUGGGUCUGGUUGGCUCCAACAUCCACCUGGUCCUUCACCGCUCGCCUCACCCUGAUGAUGACCCAAAGGCUCCACCCAGACGUCACCUACGAUAUUCCAUAUUUCUUGGAUGGCGAUAUCUAUCCUUUGCAGUGGAAGACGUCUUCCGAUACUGCUCCCGACAUUACGGGUCUUCCCUCUAUGGACUACGCUCUGUAUCUCUUCAAUACAGUCAAGUUUCACCUGGGCCAGACUUUUCGGCUCCUGGAUGAAGAAGCAUUUACCUCGCACAUGCAGGAGUUCUACUACGGCGAUGCCGCAAAGAAGGCAGCUGACAGUGCGUUAUGGUUUGUUCAGUUCCUCCUAGUGCUGUCUUUUGGGAAAGCAUUCCUCGAACAAUCCAGGAAGAAGGAUCCGCCAGGUGCGGAAUACUUCAUUCGUGCCAUGUCAUUGAUGCCGGACUACAGCUCUAUCUGGGGUGAUACCCUUUUGGCAAUCGAAAUUCUGGCCCUGGCUGCUUUAUAUCUUUAUUCAAUUGACCGACGAGAGUCAGGGCAUCUCUACGCUAGCCAGGCCAUUCGCAUUGCACAGUUGGAGGGCUUACACACGGAGCUUCCAGAGGAAGAGCUCGGGCCAACAACAGUUGAUCGCUGCCGCAACCUUUGGUGGACUCUGUAUAUUAUGGAUCGACAGUUUUCUUCGUCGCUAGGCAUCCCGAUGAUUGUUCAUGAUAGCGAUAUCACGGCAUUGAUUGACUCACCAACACAGUCAUGUCAGAGAAACGCAACACUAAGUUUAAGAGUGAAAUUGUCGCGGUUGUUGUCCACCAUCCUGGGCACCGUAUACAAGACUGAAAGACGGCCAAUCGAAUCAUUCAUUGAAAAGACGAAAUCCAUUCUGAACACUAUGGCAGAUCUGGCCCGGGAACUGGAGGAGUUCAUCAAUACCAAGUUCUCGAGUCCGGUCAAUUCCAUGUCCAAAGGGAUGCGUCAUAUCUUCUUACUAUACCACCAAUGCGUUAUCCUUGCCACACGACCUUUGCUUCUGGCGGUUCUCCGGGAGCGUCUGGACACACUCGGUCUGCCUUCAGAAUGCUGUCGACGAAUCGUGCCUCUCAUGGAGACAUUGAUUAUAACGGGGAUAAAUUCUGCGACCAAAAGCCUGCAGUUGCUUAAAGCCUUGGUUGACGAGGGCCUCCUAGAGACCUUUCUCCCAUUCGACAUUGAAUUCACCUAUGGAGCCGCUAUUCACCUCACAAUGGCCACUGCCCUGGUCCCAGACUUAGCGGGGCAGCGCGACUCCAGCCAACAGGCGCAUCUGAUCCUCGACGAGGUUAUCAGCAAAGGGAACCGUGUGGCUGAAGUUCGCAAGACCGAGCUCGCUCGUUUAGAGACCCUGUUCGAGGGCCUAAGACAGCGGUAUACAAACGCGGAUAAUCCGAACACUUUAGCAGAGCCAGAUGAUAGUGUGCAUGAACAGAAUCAGGCAGCAAGCACCAUGUCUGGUAAUCAUAGGCAGGGCGAGAGCUCUCAGUUUCCGCUUCUGUCCGAGAAUGUCAACGUCCCGGACGACCAGGAUGAGCUGCCUGAGAUAGGCUUGUCUUCUUAUGAUAUCGCCGCCAUUGUGGAUCAAAUAGAUUACAAUGCUAGCCCGUCGUUCUGGCUCGCUCAGGAGGAUUUUGAAUGAUACCUUAGACAUGGCCUAUGUAGCUAUGAGCGUGACCGUCAACUUGCCAUUGAGUACAGGAUGGUUCGCUGGCGAGAUCUCAUAGCUAGGCCAGCACACACAUGGCCUUAAUGCUAGUUAUACAGCUCCAUAAACGCGACUUUACAGUG